AUGAGUUCACGCUCCUCCCCCCCAACAAAAAGGGUGAAACUCGAAGACUUGUCUCCAGCAGCUGAAAUAUCUGGUCUUGGUUCCAAACUUGGGCUUGAAGAAGCUGUUGGCAUUUCAGACGACGAGCCUGAGGCUGAUGAGUCAGACGAUAAUUGUAGCAUUUGUCUGCAUAGUGUUGUAGACCGCACGGUGGUACCAAAAUGCUCUCAUGAAUUUUGUUUUGAAUGUCUUUUAGUUUGGACGGAGCAAUCUCGACGCUGCCCUCUUUGCUCUCAGCCCAUCGGAGAAUAUCUGAUUCACAGCAUCAGGUCUCGCUAUGACUAUCGAAAACACUUCCUUACCCCCUUACGUACUUCGCCCGCUCCAAUUGUUUCGUCUCAACGGAACGAGACGUUGAUAGACGCACGACGCAACGCUCGGAGAAGACAAAGGGAGCGUGAGUGGAGCCGGAGAGACGGAGAUGAAAGGGAGCAAGCUGAUAAGCUGGAGGUCUCCAUUAUGAAACGCAGAUGGAUUUACCAGCACGACCUAUACGCAAAGCAUGUCGCGUCUAAUUCUUACACGAAGUAUCGUCCCUACCCCACACCUUCCCAAUUUUCCUCCUCCCCGGAUCUCAUCUCACGAACGACCACGUUUUUCAGGCGCGAAUUGCAAGUGUGGGAGGGACUGGAUGUGGAGUUUUUGACCACACUCAUCAUUUCGUUAAUGAAAUCCAUUGACAUUCGAUCUGAGUCAGCAGUGAAGCUACUGUCAGAAUUUCUCGACAUGGAUGCGCCAUAUGUGCCAGGCGGAAGACAUGCGAACGCCGAGCAUUUUGCUCAUGGAAGGAGGUAUCCAAGCACCACUAGUGCCCAUAAUGAAUUGUUGGCCAAAAGCCCUGCAUCCCGCAAUCGGAGUCCCUCUGAUCCUCGUCAAAGAAGGAUGCAUCACUCUCAAAGGGCCGGAGAAAGGAUUUCCGUUGUUGAUAGACCGUCUUUUGGCGAAAAGGCAAUCACUCAUGUUGAACGGCAUAUGAUUUCCGCGUCGGAGAGAACACCAACGCCACUCAUCCCUGAUAACGACAUACGAAGCUGUGGUACCAAUAAUGGAAAGGGGAAGCGCAGAGCCGACGACGGCGACAUUUCUCUUCCUCUGAACCCACGUCCAGGCACGACAGAAAAAUCUAGUGAACCUCAAUCAGAACCGCUUACUGCAACGCAUGAACCAAGGGGACGCAAUGAGUCCAAGGGUCAGGAUUGUGGAUCCAGGGUAGGAAGGACACCCCGUAACCGCAACCUUCAUUCUAUUUUUGUUCACCCUACCAUUCUCCAGAACAAAAGCAACACUAUCGAUUGCCUAACCAUCGCUUCUAGCUCCUCCGUCCCUGGCAUUCACUCAUGGGAAACGGCAGGUCAACCGCGAUCACCGCUGUCUAACCCUCUUCAAGAAUCAUCCCGACUGGCUGAAAUAAUUAAACAACAUACGAACUCCCAUGCGCCACCGCCACCAUUUAACGAAGGGCUCGUGAAACUUGACGCUAAUUUCUCGGACCGCCUUGCCCAACCUGCGCCAACUUCAGCUUCCCAUCCUUCCGAUUCGCAUCUUGCCUUAUCCACUGGUUCACAGGCUGGGCAGUCGAAGCUGCUGGCCCGCUUAGACAACGAAAAGCUAGAGGCAUGGAGUGCGAGUUAUCGCCACGACAAUGUACAAGAGGUUCUAGACUCGGAAACCGACAUCAUGGCGCCUGAAUCAAGUGCAAAAGAAGCAGCCUUGAGGUUGCGCGCCCGCUUACAUGCUCGACUUGUCACAGAAAGGCGAAAGGGUGGAUAUCUGAAUUCCUAAAUCGGAUAUGUUGUGACGGAUUUGGAAUUCCGCAUAAAUCACAGAGUCACCGUCGCAUCUCGUUACGUACCAAAUACGAUGUUUGUCCUAACCCUUCUUGGAUGUCGAGAAGAUGACAAUAACCGAUUCCAUUGGAUGGUGGACGAUAGGGAUAUAACUGUAAUUGAACAAUCAUCAUCAUGAAGAACAUGAGUAUUGGGGUACACUGCUGACCAGAAAAUGUGUGUCUGGUCGCUGGGAUACCGCAAAGUGAGAAAAAUUCUGUCAGCAUAAUUAUAAGAGUGAUAUGAUGCAAAGGU